AUGGCAUCUGUGAGAGAGGUGUCCAGCUUCACUGAGGACCUGCUGUGUCCCAUCUGUCUCUCCAUCUUUCGGGACCCCCACAUGCUUGAGUGUGGCCACAGCUUCUGUGCCCCAUGCUUAGAACCCUGUAUCCCCAAGGGCCAGAGACGCGGGCUCUGCCCCGAGUGCCGGCGGCCUUUUGCUUUGCGCCGCAUGGCGGUCAACCGAGCCCUCUGCAGCCUGGCGGAAAAGGCCCGGCUCCUCAAGCUGGACGAAGGCCCUCAGUUGGGUGGGGCUGGCGGCUGGUACUUCUGUGAGGAACAUGAAGAACCGCUUAAACUCUUCUGCAGCCAGGAUGAGGGACCUGUUUGUGUCAUCUGCCGGGACUUACCUCAGCAUCGUGGACAUGACUUUCUGCCCAUCAAAAAUGCCGUUCAGGCCUAUCAGGAUCAGCUGAAAGCUUCUCUAGAACCCCUGCAAGAAGGGCUCCACUGUCUAAAAAGGAGCCAGUGCCGUCAGCAGGAGAACAUUCUAGAAUUAAAGACCUGCUCUGAGUCCUUGUCUGAUCACGUCUCUGGGGAGUUCGUGAAGAUGCACCAGUUACUGACUGACAGAGAGUAUAGUCUGAAGGUGGCCCUGGAGCAUCAACGAGAGAAGAACCUGGUCCAGAUGGAAACCAAGCUGAAGGAACUGACUUGGAAAGUGGCCUCUUGGUCGGAGACGCUCUGCCGAGUACGAGCAGGGCUUGAAUGCAAGGAUCACAUCAGUUUCCUCAAGGAGGCAAAGGAGUUACUGGAGAGGGUCCGCAAGGAGCAAGGAACCCCGGUGGACGAGGAAGAAGAAACUGAAGUGGCGAUGGCAGAAGAAGGAUUGGAGGCUAGCGGUGAAGAUACAGAUGAAUGUGAGAAUGAGGCAGAAGAGGGAGACAAUGUAGAUGAAGAAGAGGAGGAAGAAGAAGAGGAAGAGGAGGAAAGUGAGGAGGAAGAAGAGCAAGAGAAGGCUGUAGAGACAGAAGAGGAUGAUGAAUUUGGAGUUGUGCCUGUAGACUUGAACCUUGGUGAAUUCAAGGGACCCCUGCAGUUCUAUGCCUGGAAGGAGCUCUUAGGUGCAGUAUAUCCAGUCCCUGCAUGCAUCACCUUGGACUGCAACUCUGCUCACCCCAGCCUGAUCCUCGUGGAGGAAGCCACCGGCAUCAAGUUCAGCCCAGGAAGGCGUUUCUGGCGCCGAAAGCCCGAACGCUUCAUCUCUAGCCCUUGUGUGGUGGGGCGGAAAGGCUUCACCACGGGGCGCUUCUAUUGGGAGAUCCGAGUGGGUGAGAGCGCGGGCUGGGUGGUGGGGGCAGCGAAGAAGUCCGUGAAACGCAAGAAGCGCCUGAAUUUCAAGCCCAAGGAAGGGGUGUGGGCCAUUGAGCUGAGAGCCGGGGAGUACCAAGCUCUGAGUGAGCCCCGGACUCCGCUCUCUGUCUGCGGGAGGAUGGAAAAGGUAGGGGUCUACCUGGACUUUGAAGGGGGGCAGCUCUCUUUCUACAACAGCAGCAGCAUGAGCCACCUCUACACCUUCCAGGAGACUUUCCACGAGGAACUGCUUCCCUUUCUGAGCACCCAAAGCAGCCACCCCCUCUCAGUGUGGGACCUGGAGCUCUGA